AUGAGACACACGAGAACCACAAAACCAUCAACAACCUACCGAGAAAUCCGAGCAAAACACACACCAAAAACAAUAACCGUCUACCAAGCCUACAGCCCAACAAUAGCCAUCCCAGCCCUGGAAGCCCAAACCUUCGUCCCACCCUUCUCCCGCUCAAGAAUGACCUGGAUAAAACCGUCCUUCCUAUGGAUGGCCUACCGAUCCGGGUGGGCCAGCAAACCAAACCAAGAACACAUCCUAGCAAUAGAGAUCACGCGCGAAGGAUUCGAAUGGGCAUUGAGGAAUUCUUGCUUGAGCCACUACACGCCUGGGAAUGAUAUCGAGCGUGAUGAAUGGCAAGCGAAGAUGCGUGCGAGUCCAGUGCGCGUGCAAUGGGAUCCGGAGCGGGAUUUAGAUUUGGGAUUCAGACCUUUGAAUCAUCGGAGUAUUCAGAUUGGGUUGAGUGCGGAGGCUGUUGGGAUGUAUCUUGAUCGGUGGAUUGUUUCGAUUACUGAUGUUACUGGUGUUAUGAAGAAGGUUGAGGGGUUGCUUAAAGAUGGCGACGUGGAGGGUGCGAGAGCUUGUUUACCUGAGGAGACGGUUUAUCCAUUAUCGGAGGAGUUGCAGGAGUUGUUGAAGAUGGGUAGGAUGUAA